AUGAUUGAAAAGAUUAUAGAUUUCACUGCGUGCGAGAGACUGAGCUAUGUCUCUCUGUCAAAUAGUUAUUUCGAUAUUUUUACUUUUCCUUGCCGUUGGCUACAGCACAGACAAUCUGGAUACGUUUAAUACAGAAAUAGACGAUAUAUUCAGCAGCGUCAUUGGCCCAGUGUUCGACCAGAAAACCCCACACCCAAUCUCUAAUAACACUCUUACUAACGAACCCCGGAUGCUCAAAAUUCGCACGCUUAACCCCUCUUUACUCAAAUCGCUCGAUGAUGAAAUACCCAAGAAACCCAUGCUCAACCCUCAACGGCAAAAUUACGCUAAAACGCCCCAGCGCACCCGAAAUUACGCUCAAAGCUCCAUCCGUACACGAAAUUACGCUAUAACUCAUAAAAAAUACUCCACACCUCAAGCACCCAUGCCUCAUUCAAAAAUUCAAGUGCUAAACGAAGAGGACACAGAAGACAUCUACAAAGAACUUUACAAAAACCCUGAAAAUAAAUUAGAGUUAGAGCAAAUGCUUGAACAGCCAAUACAGACCAAGCCGGACUUUAAACAAGACGUGUUUAACGAAACCACAAGACGGUUCAACCAACUUUAUGAUGUAUUUCAAAAAUGGACAGAUGAAACUAAGAGUCUGAAUAUAUCUCGCCGACAAAUGUCGACAACGACUAAAUAUCCAUAUAGACGAGACCCGCCAGAAGAGAGAGUGCAGUUACACAAUGAAAUAAAAUUAAAGGCAUUGGCGCAACAUCACAAUAUAACAAAUCAUGUGCCUUUUGAAUUAGUAGAUCUAGCCACUAAGUUAUAUUACAGAGAUCGCAGAGCCUUAGAACGAGCUCUGACACUCAUGGCACAAUUCAUCUAUGGUGCUCAGUAUAAGUUCAUAUACGCUCAAAAUCUUAAGGAAAGAUACGCAACUGUGACUACAUACCAAAUAGGAUACUCUAUUGCUGUUCUAAAGAAUUUAAAACACCAGUAUUACAGUGGGUACUUUGCGAUGGCACAAUUUCGUAGGACUAAAGUUCAAUUUACAUAUGAAGAUGAAGUAAUGUAUUUGAUAAAGGUUUAUGAAAGAUUGUUAAGGAUUCGAGUGGAAUUUAAUGAGGUAGUGAACUAUGUAAGGGCACUGGAGUUUGAACGUAAGCGAAGAGAGGCUUUGAGAGUGGAAACGGAGGGUCAGAAAGAUAGAUACUUUAUAGGCUAACCCCGCAUGACAUUUGCAAUGAUUCAAAAAACUGUAUUCAAGAGAUGUGGUGGGCGAUAUUUUAUUUUAUCGUUUCUGAAGAAGUUUUGUUUAGGUUUAAAUUAUAUUCAAUUGUCUGCAAAGAAAACGCCGAAAAUAAAGAUUUUGCAAGCAUAAAGUGUGACAGCAUCAUGAUUAAUAUAUAACAUUUCUAUAAAAUUGGACAUAGAAGAAA